AUGCUCGCUCAAAAAGCGAUAACGUUCUGCUUAGUAGUCCUGAAAAUCCGGGCAUUGCCUGUUCCCAACCCCGAGAAUCAUCUGAUCGGUCUUGGAGGGAUGUGGGAUGGAGGCGCAGGUAAACGAAUCGCUUAUGCUCCAGAAGUUCUCGCGGCAGAUUUUGAUGAAACUCUCGGUUUUUUGUCCGCGCGACGGCCUCGAAAAUCAGAGGGACAGAGCGACUAUUGA